UUCCCACUCUCACAACAAAUCACAAUCUCUUGUUAUGUUCUUACUUGUUUUGACUCAAACCUCGUUCCCCAUUGAUGACUCAUUUGCGACAUUUUCCCUACGUUGUUUCGUUUGUUCUUCUUUGAUGUUCCUAACAUCAUUCUUAACUGAUUGAAUUAAUCAUCAAAGUUUCCAACUUUACCAAAAUGGUAUUGCUAAUUGCACUCGCAUUGCUUAUUGGUGUUGUUAUUGUUCUUCUUCUUUUCAACCCAACACACCAUAAAUCUGGACAAAAGGGAAAAGCUGGUUCCACCUCAAACAAUGAUAAGACAUCAAAAUCCUAUAGUAAAAAUGAAGUCACAUUGCAUAACACGAGAACAGAUUGCUGGAUAAUCAUCAAGAACAAGGUAUACGAUGUCACCUCAUAUGUGGAAGAACAUCCAGGUGGUGAUGCCAUUCUAGCACAUGCUGGAGAUGAUUCAACCGAAGGAUUUUUCGGGCCACAACAUGCAACUCGGGUCUUUGACAUGAUUGAGGAUUUCUACAUUGGAGACUUGGACCAAUAACUAAUACUCCGUUUGAUCUUCCAUCGCAAACUUAAGUUUAGGUCCAAAAGCACAUUUGCCUCAGAGAAACUCUAAAUAUUUUGGAUUCAUUUGUAAGUUUCCAGUUUCUAAGCGGCGUUGGCCGGUCUGCAACGUUCAAGACAUAUGUAAUUCAGCAAUUCGAUUAUUAAAUUUCUUGUUACCCCAAA